AUGGCAGCCGCAAUACCUCGACAUCUUCUCGAAACGCUUGUCAAUUGUCCAGCUUGUUCACAACGUUACACCGAGCCCCGAGUUCUUCCAACAUGCGGACAUACUGUGUGUGUGACAUGUCUUGAAAACGAAUGGAAUGCUGAAGAAUCAACAUUAACAAGUAAUGGCAACCAUGAUAAAACAGCUCACUAUUGUCCUGUACCGAAUUGCCGAAAAGAAAUUUGUUCAACAAUAAAGAACUACGCAGAUUUACCUAUAAAUCAAACUGUUCUCGAUCUAGUUGAAUCAUGUAAUUUUCACGUUGAAGCAACUGGGCAAUGCCAAGUUUGUAAUCAAUCACCAUCGUUCGUUAAAUGCUCGCAUUGCUGUUCAUUUGUUUGUUUUGAAUGUGCAAAUCAACAUCGACGUGAGGCAUUAACGACAUUGACAAAUAAUAUUAACACUCUUGAACAAGAAUAUUUGAAUAUGAAUGAUCAAAUCGAUCACGCAAGACAUCAUGUUAUUGAGAUCAAGCAGAAAUCAAUCGAAGCUAUUCGUCUUUAUUAUACACGUUUAAUAGAUGAAUUGCGUUGUGCACAGUUAACAAAUGAGGAUAUUGUCGAACGACAAGCGAUUAUAUGUCAAAAUGAACUCGAAUUGCUCAUCGACGAACAUAAACAACGUUGUGAACAAAUAAACAAGACAAUUCAAGAUCUACGAACAACGAUUACAGAUUGGUCAACGAUUGAACAAUUUAAACAAUUACAAAUGAAAUUGACACAUAUUCAAGAAGAUAUACGCGAAGCUAGUGAAAUCUUUCAGGAGCGUAUACCAGAAAUGAAACUAUUCGAAUUCGAUAAUAUUGAACUUAAAAAGAAAGUUUAUGACAAGAAUCUCGAUUCCUUCUCACAAGUAGAUGAACUAGUUGCAAAUACUUGCAAACAAAAUUCGAUGGCUUCAAGUAGAACAACACAACAACAGCAGCAGCACCUCGAUGAUUCAAGUAGUACAGCUUCGUCUUCAACAAACAAUGAACAUCCAAAAGCUUCGAUAUCUACCAAUGAUCGAGCAAUAAAAAAGCAUUCCAAUGGUCAAGGAAAUACCUAUAAGACUGUGAAUUCUGCUGGCCACCAGCAAGUGCUACCAAACAUUAUCGAUGAUACAACUGUUCAUCCAGUAUCAGACCAAGCACUCGCUCCACCAACAACAUCAUCUUCGCAUAUUCCUACGCAUCAUCAUGUUCACCGUUCUCAUCCAUCCUCAACCGGUAGUCUGUUGCCGAAAACCGUCUCCAGUUCGAUGGCUGACCUAUCUCUAUCGUCGCAUAGUCAUAAAAUGACAACUGCGUCUACUCGUUCAUCGACGUUUCAAUCGAAAUUAGAUAAUUGUAGUCUUGAAUCUUAUAAGAAGAUUCCUUUAUCGCAAAGUUUCGAUUGGGGAAUGUUAGCAGUUACAAAUACCGAUUUAAUAUUACUUUAUAAUAAAGAUAAAACGUCAUUAGUUAUAUUCGAUGCUAGUGGACAUGAGAAUGAAAGAAUUCAAUGGUCAGAUGGUGAUAUAAAAGAUUUAUGUAUUUAUCAUGAUGAUAGUAUAAUUAUAGUUGGUGAACAUAAACAAGCAUCAAAGCCUAUCGAAUGUAAAUUAUAUGUGUGUAAUUUAUCACGAAAACAGCUCGAACGUGAACGUGUCGUUGAACGUGGUCUUAAUUGUCAACGUGUUGCGUCAGAUACACAGUUUAUUUUCUAUGCAUCAGAAAAAGGGUGUAAUAAAUCAAAAAUUUCGGUCUUUGAUCACGAAUUACAAUUACAAGUAACAUUCGAAUCGGGAGUGGAGGUGAGAAGCAUCGUGACGGAUUCGCAAUGCUGUUAUAUAUUGGGCAAACGACGAGAACGAGAACCGGCAAGAUAUUUUCUAGAAAAACGACAAAAAAAUGGUCAACUUGUCCGUCGUAUUGAUCUAUAUGAAAUCAAUGUUGAUAAUAUGAAUCGAUUAAUUCAGGAUCCCAUCAGUCAUGGUGUAAUCGUGACAGAUGGAGGAAAUAAAAAAAUCUGGGCUGUUGGGCCAGAAGGUGAAAAGAAAGCAGUUCAAUACCGACCAUGGCCAUGGAGCGUGGGAUUUUUAACAACGGAUACUUUACUUAUCCUUCACGCUGGCUGUUUAACUUUCCAUGCCGUUAAUCACAAUAAACAAUUGAAUAAUGGAACAAAACUACGAAGUAUAAUAACAAAUACGGAAAAACUUUGA